AUGCGGCAUCCAGCCUCACAGUACAAGACGUUUUGCGGGCCGACGUCGCCGCAGCUGGAGACUUGGCAGAGCGAGCAGCCCUGCGAAGAUGGGCUGCUCUUCGUGACGCCUGGUGAGGCGGCCGAGAGACCAACGACAGAGAACGAGGCAGACGUGGAGGGGCCAGCCAUUUUUCGAUCCAACGGCGACCUGGUGUGGACGCAGGAUGGAUGGGGCCGGACGCGCGAUUUGAAGGUGCAAUCAGUUGGCGAUCGAAGCUACAUGACAUUUUGGCACGACGAAAGUAGUCGCCAUGCUGGAGGAGGGUCAUAUGUCGUGCUGGACCAAUCCUACGAAAUGGUCAAGGAGUUGAGACCCGUGGGCGAAAUUUCGUCACGGCCCGUCGAGCUUAAGCUGACGGAUGAUGGAACGGCGAUUAUGGUAAUGCAUAAUGCCACGCAGGUACACAACCCGUUAGAAAGCUUGCAGAAUGGGUGGAUCAACGACGCAAUCAUCCAAGAGAUUGACAUGACAUCGAAUGAACUCGUUUUCGAAUGGAGAGCCUCGCAUCACUUCAAUGUUACGAUGAGCCAGGCUCCUACUGAGAAUCAGGGCCGCACUCCCGAGACGGCGUUUGAUUUUUUCCACGCGACAGGCAUCGAUCUCGACCACAAAGGCGACUACGUCAUUUCGUCACGCAACAUGUGCAACGCCGUAGCGCUGCGCCGCGGUCACGGCAACGUGCUGUGGGUGCUGGGCGGCAGGCUCAACUCGUUCGAGGACGCUUCCGAGGGGGAAGCCGCAGCCAUGAUUUCCAGCCAGGGCAUCCAAUGGUACGGCGACUCGACACUGCUGCUGCUGGACAGCGGGCACGUGCCAGACAUGGAGGGCUGGCCCGGACGGCGGAGCAAUGCGCGCAGGAUUCAUAUCAACACGACGACUAACACGGCGGCGCUGCUGCGGAUGUACAGUACGCCUGCUGCGGAGACAUCGCGUCAUUCCAAGGGCACUGUGCAGCGCCUGCGCAACGGCAACGUGUUUGCGGGCUGGGGCGACGACAACCCUUUGGCAGCCACAUAUACCGAGUAUUCAGAGGACGGACAGGUGCUAUGCGCAGCACAUUUCCGGGAGGCGACCGUCGCCUCGGCCAAGUUCUGGAAAACGACUAGCGGCGGCGGCGGACGCGUGGUGUCCAAAUACUCCUGGACAGGCACACCGGCGGCGCAGCCGGUGAUUGUGGUACGACCGCAGGAGGGCGCGCUGUACGUGAGCUGGAACGGCGACACGCAGACGACGGCGUGGCUGCUGCGCAGCAACAACACGGAGCGCGGCGAUGGAAGCCUGGGCGCGCUCUGCGUGGUGGACAGAGCAGGAUUCGAAGCACGUAUCCCGAUCCCGCGCGACGUCGGCGAGGUGAUUGAGAUCAUGGGCGUCGACGACCGCGGGCGGACGCUGGUUCGGUCGGAGCUGAUCUGGAGCGAAGGGGCGAGCGGCACGUGGUCAACGCAGCGGAUGCUGAAGGCUUCGACGGACGAGGAUGUAUUCGUAGAGCCAUCGCCGUCAUGGCAGCAACGAGUGUCAGCGGGACGGCAUUGUCGGUUGAAGCGGGCGCUGCUGGGUCUUGGGCUGAGUGUGGCUGCGUUGUUAUGUCGUCGAAGGAUUCAGUGGAAGAGGUUGCGGGAGGCUGAAUGGCGGUAUCCGCGGCAGAUGGUGAUGAAGGGAGAAAAGAGCGCGGUUUACGCGGCAUGA